UCCUUCUCAAGCAACCCGUCUCUUCAGUACUAACAAACGCUUUCGCAGCCUUCUCGCCACUUUCUGUUUAUCUUCUGACUCUGUUUACUUGGGAAACACUCAGCAUCUAACAAUUCAGAUUCUCUAAGAUUCUGCCAACAGUAAUAAAGUUACACUGGGUUUGGUUUUUAAAGAUAUGGACAGAAUCAGUGAGUUGUCUGAUGAUUUGCUUAUAAAGAUAUUACUGUUAAUUCCGACGAAAGUUGCUGUAUCAACAAGCAUCUUGUCGAAACGGUGGGAGUAUCUUUGGAUGUGGUUGCCUAGACUCGAGUACGGUCAUAGACGUUGUUCAGAACCUGAAAGCGAGAAGCUACGUUGUUUUCUUGAAAGAAACCUGCCAUUACAUAGAGCUUCGGUUAUCGAAAGCUUCCGUCUUGAAAUGUGUAAUUCACGUUUUAAACCAGAGAGUAUAAACACGUGGGUUGUAGUAGCUCUUUCUCAUUGCCUCCGUGAGCUGGAUAUACUAUAUGAGCCUUAUCCGGCUAAGCCAAACAUAUUGCCGAGUAACUUGUAUACCUCCAAAUCGCUCGUGAUCUUGAAACUGGAUGGUGAGAUCCUCUUGGAUGUUCCUCGAAUGGUCUCUCUUCCCUCGCUGAAAACUCUGAAGCUUCAAAGUGUGAGAUACUUGUAUGAUGAAAGUCUUCAACGGCUUCUAUCUAAUUGUCCAAUUCUUGAAGAUCUAGUGGUGAAGUUACGUGGUUAUGGUGACACCAUGCAAAAGUUGACAGUUGUGGUUCCAUCUUUGCAGAGUUUGUCACUUUUUAUACCCUAUAGUCAUGAAAUAGCUGAGUACGUGAUAGAAACUCCUUCUUUAAAGUAUUUCAAACUUGUGGAUUAUAGUGAUAAUGAUCACUACGGUUUGAUUGAGAACAUGCCGUACCUGAUCGAGGCAUAUGUAGAUUGUUGUUGCCCUGAUAUCUAUAGUCUUAUUAAUUCAAUCACAUAUGUCAAGCGUCUCACAAUAUGUUCAGAGGCUAUUCUCGAUAGGCUUGUGACUCUUGUCUUCAAUCAACUUGAACAUUUGGCGGUAUGUCUAUGCACAGUGCUUUUCUCCAAUCAACUUGUCCAGCUGCUCAACGCUUCUUCUAAGUUAAAGAGGCUAGACAUUUCCUUAAUGGAUGAUCAUGAUCCUCAUCAAGAUAUGGAUUACUGGAAGGAACCAAGUACUGUACCUGAUUGUUUGUUGUCGAGUCUACAAAGUCUCAGCUGGUCGGCAUACACAGGAGAACCACAAGAGAGAGUUAUUCUGGUUUACAUUCUGAAACAUGCUCUGCACUUAAAGACUGCAACAAUUGAGUCAUCUGAAUCGGUUGUUCCAACAUUUGAGAUGUUAAAGGAGUUGGCACUUUCUUCUAGAGCUUCAACAGCAUGCCAACUCAUGUUUGAAUGA